AUGCGGAGGUCACCAAGGCAACAGUUCAAAGAUCGAUUUAAAAUGGCAUCCUCCAGUCAGUUAGACCUAAGAGAUUUGUCGAAUCAUGCAGACAUUAGCAUGGAAAAUAUGAGCCCAAUGACAGUACAUGUGAGACCAUCUCGAAAUUUGCGAACUUCUCCCAAGUUUAGAAGAAUUAAUCAAAAUCUUGAUGAUUCUGGCAGUGGUUUGGAUAGUAUUAUUGCAGAGUUGGAUACAGAACUUGCCAAAUUAACUGAUCAGCCCAUCCUUGCUUCAUCACAGAAACUGACAAGGUCUGAACGAUUCUUGUCGUCAUUGAGAUCACAUAACUCGCAGGUUAUACCAUCUGAUGAGGGAUCGUGUGGCGAUUCAAAUGAUGUGGAAUCUGAGAUGGAGAUAGAAGAGAAUGUGUGUGAAGCGCUGAAUGCAUCAGAUAGAUUGAGGCGGAAUAUGAGUCAACAGCUACCUGUAAAACACUGCAGCAGUAAGGGAACUCAAUUGGGUGUACUGUUACCCAAGUACCACACACGCAGCGAAUCAAAGUGCAUUCGUUGCAAGGACUGCGGCAUCUUCUUUUCUCCAGGUGCUUUCUUGUGUCAUUUUCAUGACGAGUAUGGCCGACGUGAAGAAUGUAAUGCAAAUGUGAUCCAACUUAAUAUUGAAAACCCAUCUUCAAAUCAAAUUCAGCUCUGGGAGGAUUUCCAGCUAAGAAUUAGACUAAAAUCACCUCGAAAAAGAUCAUCUGUUUUCACAGAUUCUCUUUUUUCAAAACAUCGUCGGCAAACUACUGGAAGUGAUUCAAAUUUGCACAAGAAUUUGGUAGCUGCUCUUUUGGACAGUGCUGAAUCCAACCUUUCAAUGGAUGAUUCAGCAUUACCAAGACAACCUGUAAUAAUGAAACGAGAACGACGACCGUCUGCUCCAGGCAUUCUUGUGCACAAAACUGUUAAUAAUACAGAACCUAAUGAAAACAGUUCACCAUUGUUACUCAACAGACCCGUCAUAAUGGGUUCACAGAACAGAAGUUCUUUCAAGACCAACAAAAACACGUUGCAGAAAUAUCUUCCUCCCAGAAUCUCCACCGACUCAUUGAAACUAAACCUCAGAUCACAUGGAUCCCUGCGGAGGACGAGUUCCUUAAAUAAUAUUACCAAUGAAAAUAAUGACGACCUGGGAAAAAAUCCACCGUCCUGGCUUCAUGAAAAUAAUAAACACUCAGAAACUUCUGAAAAAGUUUUUCAAAAUGCCUCUGACAAAGAAGAUCCUGUGUAUAUAUUACAAACAGCGCAAGAGCUGAUCAGUCUGGCAGCCAGUAAGUUUGAAAGGUCAACAGAAAUUACAAAUGAAUGGCAAGAGAGAUAUGAAAAUGAAAAACAACAGAGGAUAAAGUCUGAGGAGAGAGUUAAAAAUCUUGAAAGACUUCUACAUGAAGAAAGGAAGCAGAGAGAAUCAUUGGAAAACCAAAUACAAGCUCUGAAGACCUGCAUCGAUUAAAAGACAAUUAUUAUUUGCAAUAAUUCACAUGAUGAUGCUUUUACUAUACUACUGGUAUAUUCUGAACUUUUUCUCAUCUUGUGUAAACUGAAUACUUCUCACUGUGUCUUCCUGUUAACAGUCAUCAAUCAGUUAUGUAGAGUGGUAAUUAAUACAGGAAUUAUAGAGAAUGUGACUAGACAACUUAUGUAUAUUACACCAGUAAUGAAUAAUAACCAAUUAGAAUGAAAUUCUCUACAUAUUAUUAUCCAUUAAUUGCAUCAUAAACAAAUAAAUAUUUU